UACCAACUAAGCUCGACCGCGUGGAACUGGGGAGCAAGAUGUGCGUAUUUCUGGGCCGGAACGUGUCUGGUGUGUCUGGUGUGGUCUUUCUUCCGACUACCAGAGCCAAAGGGGAGGACUUAUGAGGAAUUGGAUUUGUUAUUUGAGCGAGGGGUGUCAGCGAGGAAAUUCAAGCAUACCCAAGUUGAUCCAUAUGAGGGAGAGGUGGAAGUGAGGAAGGAUGAUGCAAAGGAGUAGCUGGUUUAUCUGUAUAGACUUUAUGGAAUAUCUCAGCAAUAUCACUCUACCCCUCCCAUCCCGUCUCUUGGCACCUCCGCAUUUCAUCCUCCACAAUGUCUCUGAUUCUCGGCCCCAGAUCACGAUGCCCCGGAAUAUCCAAAUGGUGCAACAUGCCUGCGACGGGUGUCGUCGUCGCAAGAUCAAGUGCACUAUACAGAGGCCUUGCAGCCAUUGCCAAUCUGCAGGACUAGAAUGUCGGGUAUCUCGUACUCCGCAGCGAAAAGGUCGGCAGGGGAAGACGGCCAACAUUCUUUCUCAAUUGAAAAAACAGCCUGAUGAGAAGCAUGGGACGACUUGCCAUUUUAAAAGACCUCCUGCUUUUCUGUCAAAAGACCUCAUCCAGUCCUGUUCUGACUAUUUCUUCGCCCACCUCAGAGGAACUGUGCCGGUGAUUUGUCCAGACUCUUUGGCAGAUCAUAUCCAGCAGAUGGAUGACUCUCUCCCUGCAUAUACGAUCGUCACGGCCUUUUGUGCUUUCGUCCUGACACAGACAGGAUAUUUACAGUCGCAUCCAACAGCGACAUCUGAGAUGGGUUGUGUACUUGUUCGUGAAGCCACUCAGGCUCAUCGGCAUUCUGAUCCAUUGAGUGAUUCUGUCUGCCAGAAUAUGGUCGUUUCUUUUCUACUGUAUGGCUGCCAUAUUGGGCUCGGCAAUCAACGACAUGCCUACUGGUUUCUGCGUGAGGCAACGACAAUCUUCACGGCUGGAAUGCUCGAUAACCCGAUGCCAGAGCAGGAUAAAAUUAUUCGAGAUCGACUCUUCUGGCUUCUUUUUGUAUCGGAAAGAGCGCAUGCAAUUCGUCGACAUCGUCCUGUAACUCUUCAUGCCACCCAGGAGAGUCCCAUCCUGGAUACCAACCUGUCUGAUUCCGCUUUUCAGGGAUUUCGCUGUCUGGUCGAUCUCUAUCGUCCUUUGGAUGACCGCUUCCUGGGGCUGUGGAACGGUACAAAUGCCACCUGUUCGAUAGAUUAUCUCGUUCAACUGCAACAACAUAUCCAGAAUGCCGUUCCCGCUGAGAUGGACCUCCCCGAUGUCUUGAUGGCAGAUUUGCGCGUUUCUCAGCAGUGGCUGCGGACAAUGGUCUGGCAGCUCUCGACAACACUGGGCUUUCUGUCAUCCGACGCCGUCCAUCCAUGCAUGGAGUUUCAGUAUCCGAUCCAAAUCGCACGGAAUCUAUCCGUUGCCAUAUGGAAGUUGUCACCGCAUAGUAUGGAGACGCACGGGAUUGGACUGAUUGAAAAAAUCUUCGAAGUAUCCUGUACCUUGAUCGACGUCAUGGCCUGUCUAUCAUCAUCGACACGGCAGUCUUCUGCCUUUCAGCUAGGCCCCCAAGAUCAUCUCAAGCAUUUCUGCUCGCUGGUCUGCAAUUUGCAUGGCGGAAGACAGCGAUUUCUUCCUCUACUAUUGAACAAAGUGGGACAGACGCUGCCUUCGAUGAUGGAGCCCAUUAUGCAACAUCUGAAUCUUCAGGCAGCGUUUGAUCAGCCGAUGGAGAGACUCGCGUCGGGGCCAGUCAAUGAUGGGAUUAUUUUCAAUCAACUUACGAUGAGUCGGAUCGGUGACAGACACCGGAGAUCGAUGAUCAAUUUCUUCAGUAUUGGGGCUUACUGGAGUAGAUGCAUAUUUCUUCAGCAUUCUGGGAAAAUAAGCUCACAAAUACCCUAGGAGCCUAUUUAAUUUUAUUCAUUCUAUGAUUUGAGAUUCCCUCUCACCAAUAUGUAAGAAACACACUGUACAUACAUAUCCGUGCCUUUCAGUGACCCCCACCACCUUUGUCUGGAUCGGAGAAUGUUGGAUAUCACAGAACGCCUUCCUGUCGCUUUU